CCUCCCUACCUGCACAUUCGACCAUCAAUCCCUCAGACACGCGUCAUGGCUGAUGAAGCUGCAGAGAAGCUACGUACCGAGGUUAUGGAAAAGUUUGAUGGCACGCUGGACGAGAAACUAGUGGAGGAAUGCGUGCGGAUCUGCCGAAUGUUCAACCUCAGUGGCGAGAACCUCAAGUACAAAUGGGAGGCCAUGAAAUUUGGAAACUCACUGGCCCCGUUCACGAUGAAUGACAUUCCCGACCUGAAGGCCAAAUGCCAGGCGGACUUGACAAAAGCCAACAGGGACAAGCCCAAGACCCGAGGCACUCUGGAUGGGCCUCUAUCCAAGAACCUUCGCUCCCCGUUCCCGAAGGCAGGACAGCGACUGGGCGGAAUGAUGAACUUGGCGACCCCGGUCAAAAGGCGAGAUGGGUUUGCUAUUGCCACGAUGGGCGAGGGCAAGAAGGGACCGGUUGCUGGACCGAGUAAAGUGAAGUUCUCUGGACCUAAUGUGGAAGAGGAGUCUACAAGCAUUCGUACAUACCGGUACAUGUACGAGAAGAUAUCAGACCGCAGCGCAGCGCUGGACUCGAGGAUUGACGACAUGGGGGAGCUUAUUAGGCUGCAUUACAAUGUAGAAGACCUAGGUGACCCUUCAGCCACGACAGAAGAGGAAGUAGUUGUAGUGGGCCGUAUCACUCUCGACUCAGAAACCUCAGGAGGCUCAGUGAAGUUGAACGAAGCCUCUCUGACGUUGGAAUCGUCUCGCCAAAUGGGAGCCGGCGCGAGGGUGCCGUUGCGGUUCGAUCCAAAUGUGAAGAUUCGCCAAGGAAAACAAGGGGUUGGUGGAGUUGGUCUUUUCCCGGGUGCCAUUGCCGCCUUUCGUGGCAAGAAUGGAGGCGGAGGACGAUUUCUCGCUACUGAGAUACUAUCGCUUCCCCCUUUACAUCCAACUUCAUCUGGUAUCGUGAAGGCAGAAAGCACGGAACCUUUUGCCGUUUGUGUUGCUUGUGGGCCGUUCACCUCCGAUGCGGACAUGCAGUACACUCAAUGGCAGAAAUUACUGGCCAAGCUGAAGAGCGACAGACCUGCUGUUGUCAUUCUUGUUGGACCCUUCAUCGAUGCCGCUCACCUUGCGGUGAAGAAUGGCGAUGUUGAUGAAACCCCAGCAGAGAUCUUCCGGGAGCAAUUUUUGGCGAACAUGACGGAUUUCCUGGGCGACUCUCCAGACAGCCAAAUUUUGGUCGUACCCAGUGUACGAGACAUUAUCAGCGACCACGCAGUGUUUCCGCAGGGCGAAUUCAAGAUGGGAUUGGCAGUAGACCCCCGGAUACGACUUUUGCCGAACCCGUGCAGAUUCUCCCUGAACGAUGUCACUUUCGGCGUGACUAGUGUUGAUGUGCUCUUCCAUCUACGGAAAGAAGAGUUUUUCAAACGCGCACAGGAGGUCGAGCCUGUACCUCUCGCAGAUGGGGAUGCAACAGGCAGUGAUACGAUGAUCAACACAUGCCGCCAUCUUUUGCAACAACGCAGCUUCUACCCCAUUUUCCCCGUACCACUGGACCUUUCACACGAAGUCAACCUGGAUGUCACCCACAUGGAGAGGCUCAACCUUGAUAUCGACGGGGCCAACACGAAUCAGGCUCCUGACGUCCUCAUCCUUCCAAGCAGACUAAAACAGUUCUCGAAGGUGGUCGAUUCAACGGUAGUCGUCAACCCUUCGUUCCUCACGAAAGGGUCUUACGCCUCGCUCGUGUGUACAAAUCCUGAAAUCGGGUCGUCCUUAGGCGACAGGAUCAAGGCGGAGAUUGUACGACUAGAGCCAUGAUCACAAUUACUUUAUGUCUAGUCUUUGUAGCGAAUGGGACAUGGCGAUGAUAGUGGG